AAUGGCUGGCUCUGUCAAUGAAAACAACAAUUUGGGCAAUCUCUUUGACCCUUAUCUCUACAAACUUGAACAGCAAGCGCCCAAACCCUACAGAAUAGUCUGUAAAGACUACAUCCAAAAUGUCCCGGAGCACUAUGGUAAUGUCUGCCACGGUCCCAUUUCCAGGGAAGCCGGUAAUGCUCUGGUCACGAAAGGACCUGAAGGAAGUUACCUCAUCAGGGAAAGUCAAAGGCAACCGGGGACCUAUACAUUAGUGUUUCUGCUAGACGGGUCUGUGAAAAACUACAGAAUAUAUUACAACGGAACUCACUUUAUCGACACUAAGGAGUACGAUACUCUUGAGGAGUUAGUGGCGGAUGGUUUGAUUACAUUAUACGUGGAAUCCCGCGGUCGCGAACACAUCGAAGCUAUGAGUGCACAACCUAUCUACGACGACGUGAACAAAAUAUACUCCAAUCCCGCUGCCAUCGAAAGCACACUGAACACAAUUUCGUCAUCUAUUGUAGACGCGUUAGACUCCCAUUCACAUAAUAACAGUUCAAUCAAUCAGACUUCUGUUUUCCCCGGCGGAGAUAAUUUAAAUUUACAUCCUCUGCUUCAAGCAGAUAUGUCAGCUGCAAGUGACAUGUCGGCAAUCGCUCCGAAGGCGCACAACUUCAAAGUGACGACGUUCAAAGGACCACACUGGUGUCAAUGGUGUGGAAAUUACAUGUGGGGUCUGGUAUCACAAGGAGUCAAAUGUCAAGACUGUGGUCUAAAUGUUCACAAAUUGUGCAGUAAGAAGUUUGAAGAUCGACACGACUGUGUUCCGACAAAGAAGCGAAUCAAACAGAUCUUUGGUUGCGACCUCACCGUUCUUUGCAUGGCGUAUUCAUCCAAUGUACCCUUUGUAGUUACAAAAUGUAUAGAUGAAGUGGAGAAUCGGGAUCUGAAAGCGGAAGGUCUUUAUAGAAUAUCAGGAUUCAGUGAUGAUAUUGAACUUUUGAAGGAGAACUUUGAACGAAAUGGACCUGACGCGAGGGUAGAUUGGACUUUUUUUGCCGAUAUAAAUUCCAUUACAGGAGCACUGAAGCUCUAUCUCAGGUCAUUGCCCGUUCCAGUUAUCGAUUUCAACACAUACCCUCAAUUGAUUGAAGCUAUGAAAGCAACGGACGAAAGUUUGUGCGUGAAAGCAAUAAAAGAAAUAGUACAAGCAAUGAAUCCAUGUCACCAGGCUACGUUACAAUUCAUAAUUAAACAUCUGCACGAAGUUAGCUUGGAGCAGAAGUCAAAUAAAAUGGGAGCGGACAACUUGGGAACUGUUUUUGGACCAACUUUGAUGCGAAGUCCAGACGCAGAGACAUUCAAGAGCCUGAUGGAGUUGCCUCUUCAGAAAUCUAUCGUUUCUAUCCUCAUAUCAAACUAUAACCAGAUCUUUAUUAAGUGAAUGUCCGAAAUUUUUUCUCCUUUCACAAAUCUGAACAAUUUUUGCCAAUGACAGUGACCUUCAACGAGAAAUUACUGUCUUCGUACUGAUUUAGGAUAUUUGGAGAAAUUCAUUACUAUAAACCUAUAUUAGUAUGGGCUUUGGACUGUGCAAAUUUUGAUCGCUCAAAAUUAAAAUCAUUCAUUUUGCAUUUCAGGUUGAUUAAGUUUCAUUUUUCUAAAUAUUCCAGUGCAGUCAAAUUUCAGAGCUGAAUUAAUUUUAUGCUGGAAGAAUUAAUUGUCAAACAUGAUUCAAAACAAUCGCAGUCAACGAUCGAGUAUUUACAGUGUCCGAUGUUUUGGCGGAACUGCUAUGAAGUUAAGCUUUAUGGCAUUUCGGAAGCAGAAAACGUGUUAUACUUGAACCUGAAUUUAUUUCAAUUUAGAUGCUUACUUUUUCAAUUGGCGCUAUCAGUUUGUAGCCUUUUUUACAUUUGGAAUAAAUUUUUCUGAAAUCGUAAUACGACUUUGAAAGAUCGGAAAAAGUAAACGGACAUCUUGCGCUGUUAUUCGCUGUUUUUAAAAUUUUACCGUAUAUUUUAUUACAAAUAUCGAUUCUGUUGGGUUUUGCUAUAAGUAACAUAAGGUGUUCUCGCUUAUUUUUUACGUUUAAGUUCUGAGUAUUUAAUCAGUUUUUGUGCUUUUAUGACUCUUCGUUCAUGUUUGCCGUUUUCUCAGGGGAAAGUAAAAAUCUAUUUUGUUCAUAAAACAACACUGAACCGUUUCGAAGUGUUCCUGUGUAAUUGAUGAUAAGUUUUUGAUUUUAAAUU